UCCCCACUACAAAAACAAAAUACAAAAGUAAAAUCAGCAGCAUCACAGCCAUAUAGUCAGGCCAUAUGAUAAGGAAGUUGUCUAGAAACAGAACAAAUAAAUAAUUCAGGGUAAGGAGGAAGGAAAAUGCCAUAAGGGGUAUAGAUAAAAAUUUAAUAAGCUAUUACAGAAAUUGAAGGAUCCAUUUUAUAUUGAAAACACUGAUGGAUAUAUUAGGUUUCUUGUUUUAAUUGACAUGGAAUAUAUAUCUUCCUUGUCAAUUAAAAACAAGAAACUGAUGCCACCCCAUGCUCCGUCUAUGCUUCAUCCUUGCUGCUAUAUACAGAAAUUUGCCAAGCUGUGACCUCCACUGAUAUCUCACAAACUGAUGGUGCAUUUUCGUAAAACGACAUUAUGAGAAUGAGCCCCUUUCUGUUCAUGCAUACCUAUCGCACUGACAAAAGGCAACCUGCGAGUACCAAGCUCAGUUCCAUUGAACGUCUCAGCUACAGAUGGUAACGCACAAGCCGAAUGACUGCUAGUCGGCAGUGCACUUUCUGCCAUGUGCCCGGGGACUGUCCCCUAGGGCGUUCCUGGAGAAACUUAGUUCUCAGUUAGUAGCUUAAUUAAUAAGCCUUCCUAAUGCUCCAUGUACAUUAUCGCGUAAAUGCAUUAUGUAGGUUAAAGUAAAUAUACAAUUUUAACUGACGUUGUGUAACUUUCAGAAUGUUGUUGUUUUUACAGCCAUAAUGUACACUUUUUAUUCUGCAAACAUUUACUCACAAAAUAGAUCUUAAGCGUUAUUUUAUACAAAAAAAAAUUCUUAAACCCUCAUCUCAAAUCUAAAAGGAUUAUGGGAAAUCUGCUGCUCGGCCAUCCAUUGAUCACGCCCUGCACGACUUUUGUUUUGACUCAAUUGGUGGCUAUGUAGCCUACAGAUUACCGUUCUCCUAGCAGCAGGAUAUUAUGCGGGCAGCACGAUCGCAGUUGUUUAUUUUCAAAAUAAGAGUCCCCCCGCAAAAACACGCUAAAUUGGGAAUAUCUAUUUUUUGCAGUCCAGUGCAGUACAACUGUUUUUCACAGCACUGCAACCACCUUUGAAAAAAAUAUAAUUUCACGCAUUUUAUUAUAUAUUUUCCACCCCACUUUAGCUGAGACAGAAAAGUUCUCUCUCUACAGCCCAAUAUUCUCAACAUACCAGUGUCAACAUUGUAUUUUCAUUAUUGGUCUUAAAAAACAAAAAACAUUUUACAUGACACUCUUAUCCAGAGCGAUUUACAGGAGCAAUUAGCGUUAAGUGCCUUACUCAAGGGCACAGCGACAGAUUUUGUACCUAUUCGGCUUGGGGACUCGGACCAGCAACCUUUCCGUGACUGGCUUAACGCUCUUAACCGCUAGGCUGCCUGCCUCCAUAUUUUUUAUUUGUUUUCAUAAAUUACUUAUUGCAUUUUCUUGUUGGAACAAUAAAAGUGGCCAUUGAUUAAAAUUCAAUAUAAAUUGAAUUAGUUAUCCACAUUGCAAUGGUUUGAAACGGGGGGCUUUAACGUGGAAGGUAGCGUCAUUACCCUACAAAAGUGACAUAAUUUGUGCUGCUGGCAAAAUACUAGUAGCCUACAGUACCUAACGUUAGCAAGCAAUACAAAUACGUUUAUCAUGGACGGUAGAAAGGCCGUAGAACUAGAAGUGUAUUUAGAUUUAUUGUCACAACCAUGUAGAGCAAUACAUAUAUUUCUGAACUGCAAUAAAAUUCCACACAAGGUGAAAACUGUUGCAUUACGAAAAGGGGAGAAUAGGACACCAGAGUAUACAAAACUCAAUCCCAUGCAGAAGGUCCCAGUAAUGGUCGACAAUGACUUUGUUCUGACUGAGAGUGAUGCCAUAUUAAAAUACCUGGCCACCAAAUACGAUGUCCCAGGUAACUGGUAUCCACGCCACCCAGAGAGGAGGGCGAGAGUGGAUGAGUACACAGCAUGGCACCAUACCAACACCCGGCCACAUGCGGCCAAGGUCUUUCUCAUGGAGGUUUUACUGCCCCAAAUGACAGGACAGCCAACAGACCCACUGAAGGUGGAGAGGGCUUUGGCAGACCUGAGUGACAUUUUGGAGAAGCUGGAGAACAUGUUCCUCAAGAGGCAGCCCUUCCUCUGUGGAGAUGACAUCAGCCUGGCUGACCUGCUGGCCGUGUGUGAACUCAUGCAGCCCCUAGGUGGCGGCAGAGACAUCCUGAAGGAUCAUCCCAAGAUGUUGAGCUGGAAGAGUCGUGUCCAGUCUGCGCUGGGGGACUCCUUUGACGAGGCACACACAGUGCUGUACAGUCUCCGGGACAGGUCCAAAGCCAAGCUAUGAAAUAAUCUCAAUAUGGUUUGAUAUUAAAGCUUGCACAAUGCUUGAAAGCAACCAGAUGUAUUUACUGAUUAUGUUUGUGCUGUCCAUGUUGACCUAGAGAUUGAUGUUGUUGAUAGGCUCUAUGGGAGAGUGAUCAGUGCCUUACAUGAGCCUCUGUAUGAUAUGCUACAAAAUUACUAGAUGGUUUAGCAUUAUGGACCUUGAUCUGGAGUGGAGAUGGGAAAUGUGGAAUAGAGUAAGAUACAUUUUUCAAUGAUAUACAACUGCCUAGAAUUAAGGGAUGUAUAACAAUAAAACCCAGUGGAAAAUA